AUGACGGUGGCGGUGAUGGCUGUCUUACAAAUGGUGGCAUCGCCGAUCCUGAAGAAGCUCCUCACUGAUACUUCGACGUACCUCGGGGUUGACAUGGCGAGUGAGCUCCAUGACCUUGAGACCACCAUCAUGCCACAGUUCGAAUUGAUGAUUGAUGCGGCUAACAAGAACAGCCACAGGGCUAAGCUGGACAAAUGGAUCCAAGAGCUCAAACAAGCCUUCUUCAGCGCAGAAGACUUGCUGGAUGAUUAUGAGUAUAACCGCCUUGAGAGCAAAGCGAAGAGCGGGAAGGAUCCCUUGCCACGACAUGCCUGUACCACCAGCACUAUUAUGAAGCCUGUGCAUUUUGUGUCCAACCGGUUGUCAAAUAUGUCCUCCAACAACAGGAAGCUAAUUCGCCAACUGAAGGAACUGAAGGCCAUUCUGGCAAAAGGCAAGGAGUUCCGUGAUCUUGUUUGCUUACCAGCUGGCAACACUGCAGAGGGCCCUGUUGUACAAGCAGCCGUUGUUCCUCAGGUCACAUCAAUUCCACCUCCGAAUGUAAUAGGUCGUGACAAGGAUCGCGACAAUAUAAUAAACCUUCUUACCAAGCAGGUUGGUAUUGAGUCUAGUUCAGCUACAUAUUCGGGUUUGGCUAUUAUUGGAGCAGGAGGCAUGGGAAAAUCCACCUUGGCACAAUAUGUUUACAAUGACGAGAGGGUAAAAGAACAUUUUGAUGUCAGGAUGUGGGUGUGCAUCUCACGCAGACUUGAUGUUGAACGUCAUACACGGGAGAUUAUCGAGUCUGUGGUGGAGGGCGAAUGCCCACGUCUUGGUAAUCUUGAUCCUCUCCAGUGCAAAUUAAGGGGCUUGCUGCAAAACUCAAAGAAAUUCCUGCUUGUAUUGGAUGAUGUUUGGUUUGAAGAAUCUGGCAAUGAGAUGGAAUGGGAGCAACUCCUGCGUCCAUUAGUUUCUGAGCAGACUGGAAGCAAAGUUUUGGUGACUUCUCGAUCGAAUAUACUUCCAGCUUCUCUUUACUGUAACAAGAUUGUUCCUUUGGAAAAGAUGGAAGACGCCGAGUUCUUGACACUCUUCAAAAAUCAUGCCUUUUCUGGAGAAGAAAUCGGAAAUUGUAGGCUACGUCAGAAGCUAGAAGAGAUUGCAGAGAAGAUUGCCAAUAGACUGGGACGAUCUCCUUUAGCAGCAAAAACAGUGGGUUUACAGUUGAGCAGGACAAAGGAUACCACUUCAUGGAAUUAUGCUCUAAAGACGGACAACUUAAAUGAUCCCGGGAGAGCUCUGUUGUGGAGUUAUGAUAAGUUAGAUCCACGUCUGCAGAGAUGCUUUCUAUAUUGCAGCUUAUAUCCAAAAGGCUAUCGCUAUAACAUGAGGGAGUUGGUUCAUCUGUGGAUUGCAGAGGGAUUUAUUGAUUCGUGCAACGAGAACAAAAGAGUGGAAGAUAUUGGAAAAGAUUACUUCAGUGAGUUGGUCUCUGUUUCAUUCUUUCAAUCAGUUACCGAGAUAAACUCUACUACAUCCUAUGUUAUGCAUGAUCUUAUUCAUGAUUUGACACAGUCACUCUCUAUAGAGCAUUGUUUCACAUUGGAAGAUGAUAAGAUGGCAGAAAUACCAAGCACUGUUCGACACUUAUCUGUUCGUGUUGAGAGUAUGAUACAGCAUAAGCAAAGCAUUUGCAAGCUACAUCAUUUACGUACUAUUAUCUGCAUUGAUCCAAUUAUAGAUGAUGUAAGUGAUGUUUUUAGUCAGAUACUGCGGAAUUCGAAGUUGCGUGUACUAUAUUUGUCAGUCUUCAACAGUGGCAAGUUGCCAGAAUCAAUAGGUGAGCAGAAGCAUCUUAGGUAUUUAAACAUGGUCAAUACGUGGAUUUCUGAAUUGCCAAGAUCAUUAUUUACCCUUUACCACUUACAGUUCCUUAAGUUCAGUCCCAAAGUUGAGAAUUUGCCUGAAAAUCUUUGCAAUUUAAGUAAGCUGUGGUAUCUUGAAAGGCACAGUUUGUAUGGUAAUAGAAUAAAAGAUCCAUACAACAAUGCUCUGCCUCAAGUUCCUAACAUAGGCAAGCUUACUUUGCUCCAAGAACUUAGUUAUUUUUCUGUGCAAAAGCAGAAGGGAUAUGAGUUGUGGCAGCUGAGGGAGAUGAACGGCCUUGGUGGCUCUUUAAAUGUUACACAUCUUGAGAAUGUCACAAUGGAUGAAGUUUUGGAGUCAAACCUACACCAGAAAACUCAUCUGGAAAGCUUGCAGCUUGGCUGGAGUUAUAUGGAUGACAUAAAUGUAGAGGACAGUUUACACCUGAAGAUUCUGGAAGGCCUGAUGCCACCGCCUCAACUUAGGGACCUCGCAAUUGAAGGUUACAGAUCUGCAAAAUAUCCAGGUUGGUUUCUUGAGGAUUCACAUUUUGAGAAUUUGGAAAACUUUGUGCUUGUUAAUUGCACUGCGUUAGAAAGCCUACCAACCAAUGCAGAACUCUUCAGGAAUUGCUGCUCACUUCGCCUCAAGAAUGUGCCAAACCUAAAGACAUUACCUUGUCUUCCAGCAGGUCUUAAAACGUUAUCAAUUGCAAAGUGUCCACUGCUUAUAUUUGUUUCCAGCGUUGAACCAGAACAGCAUGAUCAGUGGGAGGACAUUAUGAAUACAGACCAAUUGGUAUCAAACCUUUCUUUGAUCGUGAGUGGGUUUCAGGUAUCAGACACACGGGACAUAGUAUCAUUGGAAUUUUCAUCUUUGGAGCAGUUGAUGGCAUUGAUGGAUGCGGAUAUGUCACAUCUUGAAAACAUUAGAAGUGUUAUAGAAAGAAAGGAAUUUGUGAUAAAGGAUAGCAUCAAUGCAUGGAUAUGUUGCCACAAAGAGAGGAUGAGACUCAUUUAUGGAAGGAACAUUGGGCUGCCUCUGGUUCCAACAUCAGAACUAACCCAGCUUGAACUUUCUUCAUGCAAUAUUACAGAUGGGGCAUUAGCUGUUUGCCUUAAUGGUCUCACUUCACUGGAAAUUUUGCGCUUAAAUGAGAUCAUGACUUUGACUACACUUCCGUCUCAAGAGGUCCUCCAACAUUUGACAAACCUAACAGAGCUGGAUAUCAAGUCUUGCUGGUGUCUCAGGUCAUUAGGGGGUUUACGAGCAGCUACCUCUCUUUUGGAAGAAGAACAGCACCCGCCCUUCUCUAGACUUGACAGAUGGAACAGAUGA